AGACAGAAUCCAAUGAGGAGAGGUGUGGGCGUGCCGAGGCGAACUAAAUAAGCGGUUUCCGCUGCGCUCAGCCCCACACCAACCAAGACGGUCUCGGUUCUGUUCUCUGAGCUGUGGGGAGAACACGGUAACAUCAGCAAUCAUGCACAAGUCUGAGUCUCCCAGGGAACCCGAGCAGCUGCGCAAGCUCUUCAUCGGCGGCCUGAGCUUCGAGACCACGGAUGAGAGCCUCCGGAACCACUUUGAACAAUGGGGCGCCCUCACCGACUGUGUGGUAAUGAGAGAUCCAAACUCAAAACGUUCCCGUGGCUUUGGCUUCGUCACAUAUACAUCAGCAGAAGAAGUUGAUGCUGCCAUGAACGCCAGGCCUCACAGGGUGGAUGGACGUGUGGUGGAGCCUAAAAGGGCUGUUUCCAGAGAAGACUCUCAAAGACCAGGAGCACACCUCACCGUUAAAAAGAUAUUUGUUGGUGGAAUUAAAGAGGACACAGAAGAACAUCAUUUAAGAGAUUACUUUGAACAGUAUGGAAAGAUAGAAGUGGUAGAGAUAAUGACUGACCGUGCUAAUGGCAAGAAAAGAGGCUUUGCUUUUGUUACAUUUGAAGAUCAUGAUUCAGUUGACAAGAUUGUCAUUCAAAAAUACCACACUGUAAAUGACCACAACUGCGAAGUAAGGAAAGCACUCUCAAAACAAGAGAUGGCAACAGCGUCUGCUAACCAAAGAGGGCGUGGUGGUGGAUCUGGAAACUUCGGAGGCCGUGGUGGUUUUAGUGGAAACGACAGUUAUAGCGGCGGCGGCGGUGGUGGUGGGGGUCGCGGAGGGAACUUUGGUGGAAGCAGAGGAGGUGGAGGUGGUGGUGGAUUUGGCGGUCGUGGUGGUUAUGGUGGUGGUGGUGAAGGCUAUAACAACAAUGGUUUCAGCAAUGAUGGCGGUUAUGGUAACAACGCACCAUACACUGGUGGCAAUCGAGGAUAUGGUGGUGGCCAGAGUUACGGAGGAGGCCAAGGCGGUGGUUAUGGUGGAGGUGGCUAUGACGGUUACAACAAUGGAGGUGGAGGAGGAGGAGCAGGAGGUGGAGGCAGUGGAUUUGGUGGUGGCAAUGGAAACUUUGGCGGCACUGGGGGUGGAAGUGGCAACUACAAUGACUUUGGCAGCUACAACAGCCAGUCAUCCUCAAGCUUUGGACCAAUGAAAGGUGCUGGUGGUGGUGGAGGUGGCGGCGGUGGCAGCAACUACAGUGGAAGGAGUUCUGGACCUUACGGAAGUGGUGGCUAUGGUGGUGGGUCCAGUGGCACUAGCAAUUAUGGAGGUGGCAGGAGAUUUUAAGCUUCAGGAAGCAAUGCUUAGCAGGAGAGGAGAGCCAGGCAAGCGACAGGUUACUACUCAAGUUGAAUUCAGCCAAGCGCAGUUGUGGCAGGGCAUAGCUGCUACAUGAAGAAAUGUUAGCAAAUCAUUUUACGUUUGAGGAAACACAGGACUAUUCGUGACUAAUUAUGAAGACUUAAGUUUGUGUUGUGGGGUGUUAAGCAUUCCUAGACUCGGGUUUUAUUGUAUAGACUUUUUAUAUAAUUUUUGUUCGUGCUGUUCAAGAACUGUAAAGACUACAUCAUGACUCAAUAAAUGUGUCCCUUUUCAUUUUUA